AUGACCGUUGGAGGUCCAACUGCACUUUCUGAGCACCCGAACACGCAGAUGACACCCGGGCUUCUCCCAUUAGACAAUUCAUGUCCUUUGAAUAUUGCGGGCGUGACUUAUGGGGCGGAUCUUACAUCUUGUAAACUUGAUGCUAUAUACCAAUUUGGCGAUUCGCUCUCAGAUACUGGAAACUCAAUAGUAGAAAUUCCUCAAGCUUAUCAUGCUCGAUUGCCUUAUGGUGAAACAAUCGGUAAAGCAACCGGAAGAGUUUCAGAUGGAUUGCUAAUGAUUGACUAUAUAGAUUUUUCAGUGGCUGGUGUCACAGCUUUACCAAAGGAAACUCUAAUGAAAUUAAAUUUUAGUCUUGGUUUUUCCAAUUCUUCUCUUGAGGUUCAACUUGAAUCCAUGAAAGAACUUCUCUCAACCCUGUGUAAUAGCACUAAAGAUUGUCAAGAGAAAUUAAAAUCUUCCCUUUUUAUUGUGGGAAUUGGAGGAAAUGACUUUGGUCGUGCAUUUCAGAGAGGUGACAGCGUUUAUGAAAUAAAUAAAACAAUAGUACCUUUAGUUGUGGGAGCCAUUGAAGAUUCUAUUCAAAAAAUAAUUAAUUUUGGUGCUCGUCGAAUUGUUGUUACUGGAUCCUACCCAAUGGGUUGCUCGCCAGCUUACUUGACAAUGUUUUCAAAUACGUCAACUACUAAAGAUUCAUUUGGAUGUUUGAAGGACUAUAAUGAUAUAUUCGCUUCUCAUGGUGAUGGUCUGAAAAUAGUUGUCGAAAAAGCGAGAAAAGAAAAUCCGAAUAUAACCAUUGUUUUCAGUGACCUAUAUAAUGCACUAUUUUCGGUCAUCAAAGAUCGUUCAACUCUUGGAUUAAAUUCAUAUCAAAAUGCUUGUUGUGGUACUGGAGGUGAAUAUAAUGUUACUCUAGGCCAACUAGAUAAGAUGUGUGGAGCUAAAGAUAUACCAGUUUGUCCGAAUCCUAAAGAAUAUUUAUUUUGGGAUGAAUGGCAUUUUACUCAUCAAGCUAACAAGGCUUUAUCUGAUUUGCUUAUAGAAGAAAUGUUACCUGGACUUCAGUGUACUAGUUGA